AUGACUAAACUAAGAGAUAAUUAUGAAAAAGCUCAACAAAAAUUAGAAACAGCUGAUGCCAAUUUAAAAAAAUUUCAAACACGAUCUGAUCGUUUAACAUUAGCAAAUUUUGAUGAACAUUUACGUGAAUUAGAAGAUAUUCGUUGUGAAUGUGAACAAUCUCGAACAUUAUCACGUGAUAUACAUGCAACUGAAACAUAUAAAAUAGCUAGUGAAGAAUAUUCAAUUACAAUUAAACUUCUUUAUCAAUAUUUAUAUGAAGAAAAUCAAGUUUAUAAUAAUAUAUCUCGAUAUUUAUCAUCAAAAAUGCCUGAAAUUGAACAAAGAUUAGAAAAUGAUGACUUAAUUCUAUUAUUUGGUUAUGAUCUUAUAAAACAGUGUUCAAAAAGAAAAGAUACAUUAAUUGCUUAUCCAAUUGAAAUAUGUAUUCGUCUAUUAGAAAAUAGUUUAAAUGAAGAAGGAAUAACAUUAAAUGAACUUAAUUAUGAUCCACAUGUUCCUGCAAGUACACUUAAACAAUAUUUAAGAGAACUUCCUGUUUGCUUACUUACAACUGCAUUUUUACCACAAUAG